CAAGUAUACGUAUCAUGUUUCUAGGAAUGCCGGCCGGUUUAGGAAAGGGCAAUCUCGAAUCUGGCACCAUGGACGACCGCGAGAAGACGACGUCGUUUGCGCAGAACCUCUCGCCCGAGGACCUCGACUACCUCAAGCAGAUCGCGCGCAAGACGUGCGCCCGCGUGGCCAGCGCAUCGCGCAUGGACGCCGGUGCGGCCAUCCGCUGGGAGCCGCUGGGCUGCAAAGACGGCGUGGACCUCUACUUUGGCGCGAUCCCGGACGAGCGCGUCCGCUCCAAGGCGCGCAAGUACAUGUGCGGCGUGACGUACAUCAUGGCUUCCAUCGACGAAGUCGUCCAGCUCUUCCACUCCAAGUCGUCGCUCCAGCGCGUCAAGGACAGCGAGCCACAGACACGCUUCAACGCGUUCGAGCGUGACAUUCUCAACACGCGGACGCUGCACAAGAUCCGCAAGCGGACGAGCGCCAACCCGCGCCACGCCAUCUCGCUCAAGUGGAUGCGACUCGGGUCGAGCGCCGCCAAUAUGGAAGACCGCGACUUUGUCUACCUCGAGUGCCAAGACACGAUCUUUGACGAGAAGCUCCAGCGCCGCGGGUGGGUCUGCAGCAUGCACUCGGUGCACCUGCCGAGCUGCCCGGUCCUCGACGGCUACGUCCGCGGCAGUCUCUACCGGUCGGGCUACGUGGUGCGCGAGACGUCGACGCCGGGCACGCUGGAGCUCGUGUGCAUUAUGGACAUGGACUUUAAGGGCACGUUGUCCGAGCCAGCGACCAACCUCUGGCUCAAGGCGCGGGUGCUCACCGUCAGCGGCGUGCGCCAGCACUUCGAGAGCCAAUGGAACACGACGCAGUUACCGCCAAUGGUCCACGCGCCGCCAAAGGUUGUGCCCGAGGAAGAGCCCGAGGCCGUCGCGACCCACUGCGUGUCGUGCGACGACGAGUUCAACGGAUACAACCCAUCGACGACCUGCGUGCACUGCCAGCAGGCUGUGUGCCGGACGUGCUCGUGCGAGAUCGACGAGACUAGCCAAGUGUGGUGCACGUCGUGCCUCAUCCAGGCCAAGCAAGCCCAGCUCUUUGCGAACGACCAAGUGCCCGAAGAAGUCGACGUGCCCGAAGAAGACGAGAUCGUCCACGACACACCAAGCAGUCCGCAGCACGAGCCUGCGCGCGAUUGUAUUGAAAACGAAGCCGACGACCUUCGGACUGGGAACCAGGUCGAGGAGGACGUGGCCGACUGUGACGCGUCGAUCGCGUCGGCGACGUCAGAGGGCCAUGUCUCUGGCGUCGUGCAGCCAGCUGGGUUCUUUGCGCGCGCCUGGACCGCUGACGUCGACGACGCCACGUGGCAUCCGGACGACGAGGCUGCGCAGAUCCAGAGCGAGAUUGCGGCGCUGGACGAUCUUCCCGCACCGAGUAGCGGUAUGUAUGCGCUCGCCCUCCGCCGCCUGCAGCGCGCCAAGACGCUCGACGAGCAAAAGACGCGCCUCGCCAUCGUCCACGUCUACCACGCCACCGCCGUCAACUAAAAACUGGUUUUGAAUACAACGACUGGUAUUGCAU